CCGGACCAAACACUGCAAACAGGUGGCAUCAUGCAUUGCGGCGCUGCCUUGUCUCCCCUCUCUGUCUCGAUAAACACCCUUUCACUAUUCACUGGUGUUGAGGAUCGUUUUAUUUAAGUUACAUUGUAGACACCAUGGAAGUCGAAGUCAACCCCAACGAGGAUACAGAGUGGAACGAUAUUCUUCGUCAGCAUGGAAUCAUUCCAGAGAAACCGAAAGAUCCUGAACCUUUGAUCCAGGAGGCUCUAAUCGAAGCCGAGCGCAGGGCAUACGAGAACCGAUUGGAGGACAAAGAUCUGGACGAGCUGGAUGCGCUCGAGGACGAAGAAGACGAAGACUUCAUCCAGCAAUACCGCCAAAAGCGCCUUGCCGAGCUCUCCACCCUCCAACAAACCAGCCUCUUCAACCAAGUCUACCCACUCCAAAAAGUCGACUAUGCCCGCGAAGUGACCGAAGCUUCCAACAAUGCCUAUGUCCUCGUCAACCUGACGUCUCAGGGUGGUAACGUCGAAUCACGCGUGCUGACCGAGCUCUGGCGCCAAUUGGCCGCCAAGUUCGGCGAUAUCAAGUUCUGCGAGAUCCGUGCCGACAUGUGCAUUGAGGGAUACCCAGAGAGAAACACGCCGACUAUUCUCGUGUACAAGGACACCGAAAUCAAAAGACAGCUCGUUACGCUGCGGGAACUCAAUGGUCCCCGAACCAAGGUGGAAGACCUGGAGCGAUUCCUCGUUGACCUCGGAGCGGUCAAGGAGAGUGAUGUUCGUCUCAAGAAGCGCUCUGAUUCGGACGACGAUCGUGGCAAGGAUGAUGAGCUCAACAUUGAAGAUUAUGAUGACGACUGGGAUUGAUUCUGAUCACACCAUCGAAUGACUACGAUUGAAAAACUUCUAUUGAUUCCAGCAAGCCGUGUAUAUUAUGAUUUGUCCAUAUGAUAUUUCACCAAAAAUGGAAAAGGAGGAGGCAAAAACGAAGAACACGAAAUGAUGUGGAUUGUUAUCUGGGGCCUAGUGUCAGACCAGCGUCUCAGCUAGUGCUUGUGGGACGUU